AAAGGGUAUACGAAAGGAAGAGGACUUCCACGUGCGUAUAUUAUUAUUAUUAGUUGUUGAGUUCAAUAUUGUUUCAAUAACGACGACAUGGGGAAGAAAACAAAGCGUAAAGCGGGGAAUCCACUUGACAAAACUGGACAGCAGCAGAGUGCGAAGAAGCAGAAACGAAACGUUAAAGCCAAAAAAGACAACAAACAAGAGGACCACCUUGAACACAUCCCGUUCAGGCUGCAGGAGAUCAUGAAAAGCAAGGAGAGGAUGAAAAGUGCCUCUUCGAAGGGAAAGAAACAUGCCACCGUCUACCAAAGACAACCAGAAAAGUCAGAGAUCGGCGACAUAGCCGUCCCAAAUUUUAAGCGAGGCAAGAAGGAGACCGUGAAACACUUCUUGCAGCGCAUGGAAAUUGAGUCCAGGCACGUCCUCUUCCUCACCGAAAACCAGGUUGACAGGAAACCUGAGUUGGACGAAGACAAACAAGAGAAGCCCGCUGAUCAGGGAAAGUCAGAAAAAAAAAAAGAACACGACAAACUGAGAUUGCAGAAGCGACAGCUGAAAAAGCUUGAGCGACAGGAAGACCGGAUGGAGAAGCAAAUGUUUCAAGAUGAUAUUCCCUUUGGCGAAGUUUCAAUGGAACCACCUUCCCUUACCAGCAAACCCAAGAAGGUGCCCAUAAAACCUCAGGCCUCAAAGGAGCUCCUCCUCAACUCGCUUCUCGGCAACGCCACUUCCACCGCCAAGCCUUCUAUGGCCAGGCAGAGGAUCAUGGAAGAGGAACGGCAGAGGGCAGUGCUGGCCUAUCGGCAACUUAAACAACAGAGACAGCAGCAGCUGGAAGAAGCCAGGACUGUAAAGCGGAAGGGCCACCAGUGAUGGGGUACCACUACACGAACUCUUUGUUCUUCAGGUAAUGGUGAAGCAGUUGAAGGUCUUAAAGUCGACAUCCUCGGGUGAGGAGCAGACAUUCAAACGUUGUCUUGAAAAGAAGACUACCUCGUUCAUCGUGUACGAAGUCCGAACGGGAAAUUCUUGUUCUCAGAACAUUGUAAUCGUGACCCGUGUAAUUAUGUUUUACAAUUAAAGGGAACCACGGAUAAAAAGACAUGUAGUUCUUAAAAGAUAAAUGUUAGUACGAGUAACGACAAUUUGGUAUUGAAACGCCUCUUAAUGUUUUCGUUUUAAUAGAUAUUGUAACAUUUUAAAUUAAAAAAUAAACUAGUAGCUCGCCAUUGUUGUUGACGUCACAGGGCCACGCUGCCGUACUUCACAGUAACUCUAACUAUGUAAGGUAGUGAUUUAAAUCCACCACAAGGUGUCAAUGGCGAGUUUUACAUGAACAAAAUGUCAAGCCAAUGAGUGCGUUUUGUCCCUUGACUGACACCGUAGCUCCCUGUUUUUUUUAGACAGGGUCUACUUGGGGUGUGACAAAAUAUCGAAAUGGUGAUAUAUCAUGAUACCGUGUAUCCCAAAAGGUUAUCGAUAUGCCCCUGCCAAGAAUCGACAUAUCGUUUUAAAAAGGUGUCAAUGUUUAAAAAACACAUUUAAAAAAAAAAAAAAAAAAAGGAAC